AUGGCAAUGCCAACCUAUGCAAUGUCAUGUUUCAAGCUUCCAGUGAAACUCUGCAAAGAUAUACACACUCUAAUGGCAAGAUUUUGGUGGGGAGAGGAUAAUGGAAAAAGGAAAGUGCAUUGGUGUUCAUGGAAAAGGAUGGCAACUGGAAAGCACAAUGGUGGCUUAGGAUUUAAUGACCUACAAGGCUUUAAUAAAGCUUUGUUGGGGAAACAAAUCUGGAGGCCCCUCACGUGCCCAAACCUGCUGAUGAGCAAGGUGAUCAAAGCCAAGUAUUAUCAGAAGGAGUCACCUUUAAGUUGUGAAGCAAAAGGCAAUUCCUCCUGGAUAUGGAAAAGCAUGAUGGGAGCAAGAGAGGAGGUAAGGAGAGGAACAAGGAAGAGAAUAGGUAAUGGCAAAGGUACCAGAAUUUGGGAGGAUGCCUGGAUCCAGGAGGGUAAAGAAGGCAAAGUUGAGUCCCCAAAACCCCCAGAUUGCAAGAUUAGCAAAGAGAUGGUGGAGUAUGUUAAUGGAAGCUCAGACGCGAAAGGAUGGAUGGGAACACAUAGCCUUAAUAACGGAAAUACUUUGGCAGAUUUGGAAAGCCAGGAAUGA